AUGCGCGAGGGCGGAGGAAAAGCCAACGUUCAAAGGCCAAUUGUACGAAAGUACACAACAGAGAAUACACCCACAGCGGUGAUUGUCACGGCUAUCGGAUGUUACUACCUAGGAUCCUUACGACCUACCGCUCUACCGGACUCCUCCACUACGACCCUCCAUGAGGCCCAGAAGCCGCGUCACCAGACAUCUGCCACCAAUCUACAGGCAGCAUGGGCCGACUUUGUUGAAAUUGUAGGGAAGGAAAAUGUUUCGACGGACAAGAUCGAUUUGGAGGAGCAUUCCGGCUCGGACUGGUCAUCAUAUACCGCCAAGCCCAACGAGAAGCCGUUUUUAGUCGUGUUUCCGUCCACAACGGAGGAGGUUUCUCGUAUAAUGAAGAUUUGCCACGAUCGAAGAAUUCCGGUGACGCCUUAUUCGGGUGGAACCAGCUUGGAAGGACAUUUCUCCCCCACGCGGGGGGGUGUAUGCGUUGAUUUCCGUCGCAUGGGAGAGAUAUUAGCUUUGCAUGAAAGGGACUUGGACGUCGUGGUGCAGCCAGCGGUCGGAUGGGAAGAUCUCAACGAAGAACUUGCCAAGCAUGGCCUCUUUUUCCCUCCCGAUCCGGGUCCAGGGGCGCAGAUUGGAGGAAUGGUGGGAACUGGCUGCUCUGGGACCAACGCUUAUCGGUAUGGCACGAUGCGCGAAUGGGUUCUCUCCUUGACAGUAGUCCUUGCGGAUGGAACCGUCAUCAAGACCAGACAGCGCCCACGGAAAUCCAGCGCGGGAUACGAUCUUACAAAGCUCUUCAUCGGAAGCGAAGGCACACUGGGGCUAGUGACGGAAGCCACUUUGAAAGUCACGCCUAAGCCGAAGAGCGAAAGUGUUGCGGUCGCUGCUUUCCCAUCAAUCCACGCUGCUGCUGAGUGCGUCUCUAAAGUCGUAGGGGAAGGCGUCCAAGUAGCGGGCGUCGAAAUUUUAGAUGAUGUGCAGAUGAAAUGUAUCAACGACGCCAAAGCAACGAGGAGAACAUGGAAAGAAGCUCCAACCAUCUUUUUCAAAUUCACAGGGACCCCUGCUGGAAUAAAAGAGCAAAUCAAAAUUGUCCAAAAGAUCGCUAAAGAUACAAAGGGCCAGUCCUUUGAAUUUGCUCAGGGCGAGGAUGAGAACCGGGAACUAUGGAGUGCAAGAAAAGAGGCGUUAUGGAGCGUCCUGGCUAUGAGAAGAAAUGACAGCGACCGGGUUUGGACCACCGACGUUGCGGUACCCAUCAGUAAGCUACCUGAUAUCAUUGAGGCAACGAAGGAGGAUAUCACGAACAACGGCUUACUGGCUGGGAUCUGUGGUCAUGUCGGAGAUGGCAACUUCCAUACUAUCCUGUUAUUCAACGAUAGCGAACGUGUCGUUGCCGAAGAAGUCGUCCAUCGGAUGGUAAAAAGGGCGGUUGAAAUGGAGGGUACGGUCACUGGCGAGCAUGGCGUGGGACUUAUCAAGCGAGACUACCUUCCUCAUGAGCUUGGAGAUUCAACAGUGGACACGAUGCGCAAGAUUAAGCAAGCUUUGGAUCCUCUAUCGCUUCUCAACUGCGAUAAAGUAGUGAGGAUGGAGUCUCCUAAAGCUGGUGAAGUCAAAAAAUGGUAG